CUUGCGUUUGUUGACAUCGUUGUUGAUAGUAUAAAAAAAUAUCGUGUUUUCAUAUAAAAUCAUUAUUCAUAAGUUUAUAAUUGUAUGUGCUUGUAAUUGUGAUAAAUAAUUAAGAAUGAAUGGAACAAUUGAAAAAUCAAGUACUGUGCUAGAAGCAACAGAUACUUUUGAUGAUGAUUACAAUGAUCAAAUUGAUUCUGAUGAAGAAGGUGGUGUAAGAAUAGAUGAAGAUAUUUAUAUACCACCACCUCCACACAAAAUUCAAGAUAACAAUAAUGAUGGUGCUAGACUUAUUAUUAAUAAAAUUGUAAAUACAAAUUUUAAAAGUUAUGCUGGUGAUGUUGUAAUUGGACCAUUUAAUAAUUGUUUUACAUCAAUUGUUGGACCAAAUGGUAGUGGUAAAAGUAAUGUUAUUGAUUCAAUGCUAUUUGUUUUUGGCUAUAGAGCAUCAAAAAUACGUUCUAAAAAAGUAUCAUCAUUAAUUCAUAAUUCCAGUCAACAUCCAAAUAUAAAUAAAUGUUCAGUAACUGUUUAUUUUCAAAAAAUUAUUGACAGAGAUAAUGAUAAACAUGACGUUGUACCAAAUAGUGAUAUUGUUAUUUCAAGAACAGCAUUUAAAGAUAGUACAUCGUAUUAUGAGCUUAAUGGUCAACGUGUACAUUUUAAAGAAAUUGGAAAAUUAUUGAGAAAAGAAGGAGUUGAUUUAGAUCACAAUAGAUUUUUAAUUCUUCAAGGUGAAGUUGAACAAAUAUCUAUGAUGAAACCUAAAAGUCAAAAUGGACAAGAUACUGGAAUGCUUGAAUUUCUUGAAGAUAUAAUUGGUACAACAAGAUACAAAAUACCACUUGAAAAAUUAAUGGAAAAAAUUGAUUAUUUAAAUGAAAAAGUAUGUGAAAAACAAAAUCGUUUAAAUAUUGUUGAAAAAGAAAGAGAAAAUUUACGUGAACCAAUGCAAGUUGCUGUUGAUUAUUUAAAAUUAGAAAAUAUUAUAACAAAAUUACAACAUAAAUUAUGUCAUUGUAAAAAAUAUGAUGCCAUUGAAAAAUUAAAUAAAAAAAAUAUAAAUCAUCAACAAUUAGAAAAUGAAGCUGAUGAUUUAAAAAAAGAAAAAGAAGCUUUAGAUAAAGAAAAAGAUAUUAUUCAUCGUGAAAUGAAAGAAAAAGGUAAAAAAUGGAAUUCUACACAAGUUAAAAGAGAUGAAGCAUCAGCAAAAUAUGAAGAAAUUAAUAAAACUGAUCAAGCAAUGCAUGCUGAAUUAAUUGAAACAAAUAAAAGAAGAAAAAUAAAUAUUGCAAGUGUUAAUAGUGAAAAUGAAAAAUUAAAAGAAUUAUCACAAAUACCAGAUAAUAAUGCACAAACAAUUGAAGAAUUUGAAGUACUUAUAACUCGUCAUACAACAAAUCGUGAAAAAGAAGAAUUAAUAUUCAAUGAAUUACUUGGAAGUUUAAAGGAAAAAACAGAACCAUUAAUGAAAAAACGUACAGAUCUUGAGACAAAAUUAAUAACACAACGUAAACAAUUAAAUGAUGCUAAAGCAAAAUUUGAUUUAGCUGAAUCUGAGCUUAAAAUUUAUACAACUGUUGAAUUAACUGAAAAAGAAAAGUUAAAAAAUCUACAAGAAACACUUGAAUCAUCAUCAAAAACUCUGGAAAAUCGUAAAGAACAAAUGGAAUUAUUGAAAAAUAAAAUACCAACAACACAAAAGCUACUUGAUGAUGCAAAAAAUGAAUUAAAUAUAAUAAAAAAAAAAGAAACAACAUUAUCUGAUAAACUAAAAAAUAUGAGAGUUAUUUAUCAUGAAAAAAAAUGUUCUAUGAAUGCUAAUAAAUCAAGAAAUAAAGUAAUUGAAUCAUUAAUGAAAGCUAAAAAUGAUGGACUAAUACCUGGUAUAUAUGGUAGACUUGGUGAUCUUGGUGCAAUUGAUGCAAAAUAUGAUGUUGCAAUAUCUACAGCAUGUGGUCCACUUGAUCAUGUUGUUGUUGAUACUGUUGACACAGCACAAAAUUGUAUUAAAUAUUUACGUGAUAAUAAUAUUGGACGUGCAUCAUUUAUUCCAUUAGAAAAACAAAAUAAAUUUAUUAAAAAUUGUUCACAAAAAAUUUCUACACCAGAAAAUGUUAUACGUUUAUUUGAUCUUAUUAAAGUUGAAAAUUCAAAUGUAUUACCAGCAUUUUAUUUUGGUUUACGUGAUACAUUGGUAACUGAUGAUUUAAAUCAAGCAACAAGAAUAGCAUAUGGUGAACAACGUUACAGAGUUGUAACAUUAAAAGGUGAAUUAAUUGAAACAUCAGGAACAAUGAGUGGUGGUGGUGGUAAUGUAUUUCGUGGUAGAAUGGGUCAAUCAAUUAAAAGAAAUGAACCAACACCAGUUGAAAUUGAAAAACUUGAAGCUGAUUUAGAUGUAAUUUUUAAUGAAUGUAAUAGUUUACAAAAAAAAUUACCAUCAUUAGAAGAAAAAGUAAAAACACUGCUAAAAUCAUAUGAAGAAAUGACAAUAAAUAGAGAUAAAUAUGAAAUUGAAAUAAAAACAUUAUCUGAACAAGUACCAUCACUUGAAACACAAUUAAAAUUACAAAUAAUUAAAGCAAAUCAAGCAGUAUCAAGUAGUGAACGUGUUGAUGAAUUAACAAAUGUUGUUGAUAGUACACGUGAAAAUUUAGAUAAAAUAAAAAAACAAUCAGAAUCACUUGAAAAUGAAGUUGACAGAAUAAAUAAAGCAAUUGAUGAUUUAUCUGGUGGUAAAAUAAAAGAACAACAAAAAAAAAUUACAAAUUUAGAUAAAUCAAUUGAUAAAGCUAAAACAGAAAUUUGUCGUCUUCAAGUUGCCAUUAAAACAGCUCAUAGAAAUUCACAAAAAACACGUGAAAAAAUUGUAACACUUGAAGCAGAUGUUAAAUCAUGUGAACAACGUAUUAAAAAUAUACAAAAUGAAAAAAUAAAUCUUGAAGAACAAGCUAAAAUACUUAUUAAAGAAAUUAAGCUAUAUGAUGAAUCAUUAGCUGAACGUGAUGAAUUAAAUUUAACAUUAAAAAAACAACUUGAUGAAUUGAUAAAUCAAGAAACAAAUAUUAAAGCAUUAAAAAUUGAUCUUGAUGAAAAAUUAUCAACAAGUAAAAAAUUCAUUGAUGAGUUGACAUUAAAAAUUAAAGAUUAUAAUAAACAAAUUUCUAAUUUAAAAUUAAAUAAAAUACCAGAUAAAGAAGAUAAAUUGUUGACUGAUUUAACUGAUGAUAUUGUUUCACAACUUGAUGCAAGAACAAUUGCAGCAAAUCUUGCUGCAGCUAAAGAACGUCUUCCUCAAGAAAUACCAAAUAUGAAAUUAAUUGAAGAAUAUAUGGAAAUAAAUAAUUUAUAUAAAAAACGUUUUGAUGAUCUUGAAAAAGUUACUGAUUGUCGUAAUAAAUUAAGAUCAGCAUAUGAUGAAGCAAAAAAACGUCGUUUUGAUGAAUUUAAUAUUGGCUUUUCAAUGAUAACAAAACGUCUUGAAGAAAUGUAUCAAAUGAUAACACUUGGUGGUGCUGCUGUAUUAGAACUUGUUGAUUCAUUAGAUCCAUUUACUGAGGGUGUUGUAUUUAGUGUUAGACCACCUAAAAAAUCAUGGAAAAAUAUAAGUAAUUUAAGUGGUGGUGAAAAAACACUUAGUUCACUUGCUCUUGUAUUUGCAUUACAUCAUUAUAAACCAACACCACUUUAUUUUAUGGAUGAAAUUGAUGCUGCAUUAGAUUUUAAAAAUGUAUCAAUUGUUGGACGUUAUAUUAAAGAACGUACUAAAAAUGCACAAUUUAUUAUUAUCAGUUUACGUGCUGAAAUGUUUGAACUUGCUGAUACACUUGUUGGUAUUUAUAAAACUUUUAAUGCAACAAAAUGUGCACCAAUUAUUUUAAAAUUAUUAUAUCAAACAAAUGAUAAAAUUGCUGAGUAUGAAAAUGAAAAAAAACAUAUACGACAACCAUUAAUAUCACAAGCUAUUGCUGUGGAAUAAUUAUUGAUACAUACUUGACGAAAAAUAUCCAAUUGGUUGUUUAUCUUUUUUACAAUAAAUAUCUAUAACAACAAAAGCAAUAA